GCAAGCCAAACCAAACCAAACAAAACAAAAAAGCCAAACCAAACAAACAAACAAACAAACAAAAAACUUCAUUCGGAUCUGAAAGUGGCAGAAAAAGUGCCUGGCAAGUUGCAGGGAUGGAGCUACACAGCUUGCAAGAGGCGUUAAAAGUGGAAAUCCAAUGUCAUCAGAAACUAGUUGCACAGAUGAAGCAAGAUCCACAGAAUGGGGAUCUUAAGAAACAAAUCCAUGAAAGGCAAUCAAGAAUAGCAGCUCUUAAUGAAAAACAAAAGCUGGCGGUGCGGAGCUGCCCCGCGGCCGUGCUGGUGGGCAGCGGGGCCAGCGGCAGCGCCAAGCCCGGCGGCGUCCCGGCUCUCCUCAAGGCAUCCGGCGGCGGGAGCCCCAGCGGCGGCCCGAGCCAGAGCCUGGCCAUCUCCGUCCUGCCGGCCAAGGCUCCCAUCGCGAUGGUGACGGCGCACCUCAACGGCGGGCUGGGCUGCAGCGCCGCGGGCGUGGAGCCCCCGCAGAGCGCCCCCAUCAACCUGCAGACCACCGCCAAGCUGGUGAACGCCCGCCGAGCGCCCGAGCUCGGCUCCAACGCCCAGACUUUGGGAACUAUCACUGCAGUGCCCAUUAAAGUUCCUCAGGUCAGCUCCUUGCAGAGGUUGGCAGGACAAGGACCAGCAGUGCUACCUCAGGUUAGGCCAAAGACCCUGAUUCCAGACAGCCUCCCUAUUUCCCCGUGCAGAGACCAACCUUCCAAACAGCCUCCUACUUUCCAAAAGGCAACAGUAGUCAGCAUCAAAAACCCCAGUCCUGCCCUCCCGACUGCCAAUAAUACCGUCAGCCAUGUACAGACGCCUAACAGCCAGUCACAAAGUGUCACUGAAUCUACAUCUAUUUCAUCUCCUCUGAGCAGUGCAGGAGUGGCGUACGCCAUCAUAUCCACCUCCCCCAACAAUGCAACUCCUAUUAGCACCAGCGCUACUGUCUCGGUGGUCAACGAUAGCAUUAAAGUGCAACCACUCCUCAUUAGUGCCGACAGCAAGGUUAUCAUUAUUCAGCCUCAAGUCCAAACCCAGACAGAAAGUAAAGUGGAGACAAAGAAAACUCCUGAAGAGUCAGCUCAGGGACCCCCUCCUACCAAAAAGAAAAAGGAGGAAAAUCCAGAGAAAAUUGCCUUUAUGGUAGCAUUAGGACUGGUUACAACUGAACAUUUGGAAGAAAUCCAGAGCAAGCGUCAGGAAAGAAAGAGAAGAAGCACAGCAAAUCCAGCCUACAGUGGACUCUUGGAAACAGAGCGGAAACGCCUUGCGUCAAAUUAUUUGAAUAACCCCUUGUUUCUUUCAGCAAGAGCAAAUGAGGAUCCGUUCUGGAAGAAUGAGAUUCACCAUGAUGAACACUGCACUGCAUGCAAGCGUGGUGUUAACUUGCAGCCCUGUGGCACAUGUCCCAGAGCAUAUCACCUCAACUGCUUGGACCCACCCCUCAAAUCUGCCCCCAAGGGGGUUUGGGUCUGUCCAAAGUGCCAACAGAAGGUGUUAAAGAAAGACGACAAUGUGCCAUGGACUGGAACUCUGGCUAUUGUUCACUCCUAUGUUACACAUAAAACAGUCAAAGAAGAAGAGAAGCGAAAGUUAUUAAAGAGAGGCAGUGAGCUAAAAAGUGAACAUAGACAAUUAGAAGAAAAAGAUCGACUUCUCAACAACGCGGUGAAGAAAUGCUUAGAGCUAAAAAACAGCCUGUUGGCCCAGCAGAAAGGGACUCAUUCGUCACUGGAACGUCUCAAAACCCUCAUUAGACUGAUACAAAAUGAGCAGAUGAUUCAGGUUACCAUGACGACCACCACCACCUCCUCCCUGCUAACUGUCCCCUGGAUCAAACCCUCAUCUGCCUCUGCUGCCAUGCACAAAGCCUUGCAGCAAUCACAGGGUAACAACUGA